GCGUUCGCUGCGGCUCCCACCUGUCGGCCAGGUCAUUGUGACGUAAACGCUAUGGACACGUGGAACACCUGCGGGAGAGCAGGGGUGGGGUCACCCAGAGCGGUAGAGCCGAGCGGGGGAUACCCCAGGAGAUGGGGGUCGAGGAAAGUCCCCAGGGAGGAGAGAGAGAGGGAGGUUCACCCCCCUCAUCCCGGACCCGCCCCCCAAAAGAAAAAAGAAGAAGAAAACAUGUCAGGACACAAAUGCAGUUAUCCCUGGGACUUACAGGAUCGAUAUACUCAAGAUAAGUCUGUAGUAAAUAAGAUGCAGCAGAAGUAUUGGGAAACGAAGCAAGCCUUUAUUAAAGCCACAGGGAAGAAAGAAGAUGAGCAUGUUGUUGCCUCUGAUGCAGACCUGGAUGCCAAGCUAGAGCUGUUUCACUCGAUUCAGAGAACCUGUUUGGACUUGUCUAAAGCAAUUGUACUCUAUCAGAAGAGAAUAUGUUUCUUGUCUCAAGAAGAAAACGAACUGGGAAAAUUUCUCCGAUCCCAAGGCUUCCAAGACAAAACCAGAGCAGGAAAGAUGAUGCAAGCAACGGGAAAGGCCCUCUGCUUUUCUUCCCAGCAAAGGUUGGCCUUGCGAAAUCCAUUGUGUCGAUUUCACCAAGAAGUGGAGACUUUUCGGCACCGGGCCAUCUCCGACACUUGGCUGACGGUGAAUCGCAUGGAGCAGUGCCGGACUGAAUACAGAGGGGCAUUAUUAUGGAUGAAGGAUGUGUCACAGGAGCUUGAUCCAGACCUCUACAAGCAAAUGGAGAAGUUCAGGAAGGUACAAACACAAGUACGCCUUGCCAAAAAAAGCUUUGACAAAUUGAAGAUGGAUGUGUGUCAAAAAGUGGAUCUUCUUGGAGCAAGCAGAUGCAAUCUGUUGUCUCAUAUGCUAGCAACAUACCAGACCACUCUGCUUCAUUUUUGGGAGAAAACUUCUCACACUAUGGCAGCCAUCCAUGAGAGCUUCAAAGGUUACCAGCCAUAUGAAUUCACUACGUUAAAGAGCUUACAAGACCCUAUGAAAAAGCUGAUUGAGAAAGAAGAAAGGAAGAAGGUCACCCAGCAGGAAAGUUCAGAGGCCACGGUGGAGGAGCCGAGUCAGUUAAUUUCAUUAGAGGAUGAAAACCAACGCAAGGAAUCCUCUAGUUUUAAGACUGAAGAUGGAAAAAGCAUUUUAACUGCCUUAGACAAAAGCUCUACACAUAAUGCAUGCUCAGAUGAACUAUUAGGCAUGAAACCCGAGGAAGGUGCUUGCCUGGGCCCAGUGGCGGGGACCCUAGAACCCGAGGGUGCUGACAAAGAUGACCUGCUUCUGUUGAGUGAGAUCUUCAAUGCUUCCUCCCUGGACGAGGGUGAGUUCAGCAAAGAGUGGGCUGCCGUGUUUGGAGACGGCCGGCCGAAGGAGCCAGUGCCCACUGUGGCCGCCGGAGAGCCAGACCCCAGACCCCAGGCAGGCUCAGGAUUCCUUCCUUCACAGCUUUUAGACCAAAACAUGAAAGACUUACAGGCCUCACUCCAAGCCCAAGUGAAAUUGGGAACCAUCAUAGCAUCUUGGACCAACAAUGGGUAUGAUCUGAUUUACCAUUUAAAGGGAUCAUCCUAGCUGCUAAAAGUUUCCUUUUCUCUGCUGGUGUUCUAUGAAGACCAAUGUUAAAGGAGUUGUUUUGUAACCUCUGAGUUAUCCUGUUGCCUUUGCAUGCCAACAGCCAUCAAUUGAAUGUCUACGGAACUUAAAGUGACAGAAAAAAAAAAAAAAAAAGUGGAACCUAAGUGUUUGAAAGAGGAAGCUCAUUCAGCCUCUCUCACACCUAUGGACUCCCAGCAGGUACUCCCAGAAUUCCACCACUGGUGCUGCCUGAAUUCAAGGAACCUUCAAAACAGAUGUGGUACAAAUAAAGAACAGCCCCCCUGCUUUGAUGAUUGAUCAUGUAAUCCAGUUACAACCACAGUCUAUGCUUUUAUGAGGACUUUCACCCUAAAAAAGAGGAAAAGAUGAAUAUUGGCUGUAGAUUUUUUUUUAUUACAUCCAUCGUCUAGAAAAUGCAUCUAUAUACAUGAACUGCAAAAGCAUCUAAGUAACUGUUAAACUUCUGACACCUCGUAUUGGAACUGCUUCCCCUGAUUAUCCAGAUCAUCUCAAAACCCAAAUUAAAUAAACAACUGAAAAGUCAAACACAA